UUUAGCAUUCUUGAGUAUUAUUCAUUGAAGAAUGAAUCUAAUUAAUUCUGUGUAAGGUCAUUGUUGAUAACAACAGUAAAUAUGGUGACCUUUGCUGUUUUGUGUCUUCUUGCUUGUGUUUUAUCUGUUAAAUCUGAUGGACCUCAUCUUGUACCUAAUUUUCGACCUCCAUCUGUACCACUAGUUGUUGUCAAUCCUUACCUUAGUAUAUGGUCUGAUGCCGACCAUCUUUAUGAUGAUUUUCCUAAGCAUUGGAGUGGACCUAUUAUCUGUCUUUCAGGAAUGAUAAGCAUUGAUGGCAAAGUCUACAGAUUUAUGGCUAAAGAUACAGAUCUGGCACCUGAUGUGAUGACUCAAGUCAACCUUACUGUAUAUCCAACUCAGACAGUGUAUGUAUUUCAGGAAAGUGGUAUACAGCUUACAUUAACAUUCUCAACUCCAGCUUUUGCAGCAACAGAUAAAAUUCCAACUUUACCAGUUACUUUCUUGACUUAUACUGUAGAGGCUAUUGAUGGUGUGUCAAAUCACACUGUUAAAAUCUACUAUGAUAACACAGCUGAGGGUGUUGUAAGUGAUACAAAACAGAUGGUUACAUGGGACUAUGCAUCACUAAUGCCUGGACAGGUAGCGAUGAAAAUUGGAACAACUGAUCAAGAUUAUCUUGGACAGGGUAGUGACCGUAUUAAUUGGGGUUAUUGGUAUGUAAGCACCAUACUUGAUAGAGGAAUGAUUGCUACAAUGGCUCCUGCAGUUGAUACAAGAACUGCAUUCAUGAAAGGCAAAGUUCUACCAUCUGAAGACAAGAAUAAACCAAGAGCUUGUGAAGAUAACUGGCCAGUGUUAGCCAUAGCUUGGGAUUUUGGUACUAUCACACCAGGACAACCAUCACAAAGGUGGCUACAGAUAUCCUAUGAUCAAGUCUAUUCAAUGAAAUACUUUGGAACAGCAAUGGAGCCACUCUGGAAGCACAACUAUGAAAACUUUACUGGCCUAAUAAGAAAUUCAGAGUACGAGACACUGAAAAAGGCAUGUGAUGACAAAGAUGCUGAGAUUACUGAAGCAUUGUAUAAUGCUGGGGGACAAAAUUAUGCCACAAUUUCAUCAUUAGCUUGGAGACAAGCAGUAGGAGGUACUAUUGCUGUUUGGAAUAAUGUGACAAAUGAGCCAUGGGUAUUUUUAAAAGAGAUAUCAAGUGAUGGUGACGUUAGUACUGUUGAUGUAAUGUUUCCAGCUUCACCUCUUUUCAUAUGGCAUCUCCCUGAGACCCUUCAGUUAAUGCUGCUUCCUCUCCUCAAUUAUGCUAACAAUGACACAAAGGAAUAUGGACUAGACGUACCUUACAACUUGCAAUGGGCACCACACCAUUUAGGCCAUUGGCCAGUAUGUGACUUAGAGCCAAACAGACAAGAACAAAUGCCAGUAGAAGAAUCUGGUAACAUGUUACUAAUGAUAGCUGGUGUUGUUCUUCAGACAAAAAACUUGACUUUCCUUGACCCAUACUGGCCCCUGUUAACAAUAUGGGCUGACUUCGUUGUAGCUAGUCUCCCUGAUCCUGGGAACCAAUUGUGUACUGAUGACUUUGAGGGGCCAUCACCUCAUAAUAUGAACUUAGCUGCUAAAGGUAUGGUAGCUCUUGGAGCAUACUCUCAAUUGCUAAGAAUGAAAGGAGACACUGCAUCAGCUGAGAAGUAUGAAACUGCUAAUACUCAAUUCAUACAAUACUGGACAACUAAUGGACUGGAUGGGGAUCACUACAAGCGUCAGUAUAACUUACCUGGUUCAUGGUCACUCAAAUACAAUCUCUUAUUUCAGAAAAUACUAAAAUUGAACCUGUUUCCACAGUCAGUGUUUGAUCAAGAACUGAAAUAUUACAUGAGCAAAAUGAAUACGUAUGGUAUACCAAUGGAUGAUCGUCAUUUGUAUACUAAAACUGAUUGGCUCAUGUGGACUGCUGCAAUGGCUUCUGAUGAUCAGUUUAACUCUAUAACCUCUGCUGUGUACAAGUUUGCUAAUGAAACACCAGAUCGAUCUCCAUUCACUGACUGGUAUGCUGUUGAUACUGCUCAUCGACAAGGAUUCACAGCUCGCCCAGUAAUUGGUGGCCUUUAUGCUAGACUUUUAACUGCUAUGAAGAACUAAACUAUAGUCAAGUGAACUAAAUUUUGCAUUGCUUUUUUGCUGUUUGCUACAAUAAAAAUUCACUUGUAUGCUUAUGCACAACAAUUUAUUAUGAUAUCAGCACAUUUACCCUCAAGGCCUU